AUGGCAGGUAGAAAUCACAAAGAAUCAGCUUCAGAAUCGGAAACUCCAUCGUCACGUCAUUAUAACAGAGACAGGGAUGGACCACAAACAUCUUCAAGUAGGACUUCACAAAAGGCUAGAAAUCAACAAACUUUACAACAACAGCAGGCCUAUUUACAAAAACACAUCAAUGCAAAUGGACCAAAAGAUAAGCCCAAGAUUGAUCCCCUUGAUUUUGAAAGAAUGGAUGAAGCUACGCUACUUAGAUAUAAGGAUCGCUACAAUAUCAACCUUCCACGACCCGAGUCGUUAAAUUCUGACAUCUUGAAUAGUGAAAUUGGAAAGAAAACAUUCAGCAAAAGAAGUCAAGCUAGGCGGCUACAGAAAGCCGGUAUGGGAAUGGAUCACAGAAUAAGUAAAGGCGAAUUUGCCAAUCAAGUCAAGAACCAUUUCUUGGGAUUACAGGCGAAGGAGAAUGAUAUAAUUACUGGGUUCUUGUAUAAAGUUAAGCAUCAGGAUAAAGAGUUUAAACUUACUUUCCAGUGA